UCAUAUACAUAUAUAUAUAUUUUAAGUAGUUUCCAUCUCCCGUUUUCGGGAUCCUGCAGCCAUGAUAACCGCAACGCUUCCCGUCAGGAUGUUUUGAACUGGACUUGGUUCGUUAUCAGCUGGCACGGAAUGGUAUUUAUGAGCAGACAUUUCUUAUACAACUGCAGCCAACCGAUCCUGGAUGUGAAGAUAGCCUUUUGUCAGGGUUUUGGAAAACAAGUGGAUGUGUCAUAUAUCGCCAAACAUUACAACAUGAGCAAAAGCAAAGUGGACAACCAGUUCUACAGCGUGGAAGUGGGCGACUCCACCUUCACCGUUUUAAAACGCUACCAGAAUUUAAAGGCCAUCGGGUCCGGAGCUCAGGGGAUUGUCUGCGCGGGUUAUGACGCUGUUCUCGACAGAAACGUGGCAAUCAAGAAGCUGAGCAGACCUUUCCAGAACCAGACGCAUGCCAAAAGGGCGUACCGCGAAUUGGUGCUUAUGAAAUGUGUCAAUCACAAAAAUAUUAUCAGUUUAUUAAAUGUCUUCACGCCACAAAAAUCAUUAGAAGAGUUCCAAGAUGUGUACCUAGUGAUGGAGUUGAUGGACGCAAACCUGUGCCAGGUGAUCCAGAUGGAGCUGGACCACGAGAGAAUGUCCUAUCUGCUCUACCAGAUGCUAUGUGGCAUUAAACAUCUUCAUUCGGCCGGAAUUAUUCACAGGGAUUUGAAACCAAGCAAUAUAGUGGUAAAGUCAGACUGCACUCUCAAGAUCUUGGAUUUUGGACUGGCUCGAACAGCCGGCACUAGUUUCAUGAUGACCCCUUACGUGGUGACGAGAUACUACAGAGCACCGGAGGUUAUCUUGGGCAUGGGUUACAAAGAAAACGUGGACAUAUGGUCGGUGGGGUGCAUUAUGGGAGAAAUGGUGCGCCACAAAAUCCUUUUCCCCGGGCGGGACUACAUCGACCAAUGGAACAAAGUGAUCGAGCAGCUCGGUACACCGUCGCCGGAGUUUAUGAAGAAGCUGCAGCCCACCGUGAGGAACUAUGUGGAGAACCGGCCCAAGUAUGCCGGCCUCACUUUUCCCAAACUUUUCCCAGACUGCCUCUUCCCUGCUGACUCAGAGCACAAUAAAUUGAAAGCAAGCCAAGCCAGAGACCUGCUGUCCAAGAUGCUGAUCAUCGACCCUGCCAAGCGGAUAUCAGUGGAUGAAGCUUUGCAGCAUCCGUACAUCAAUGUGUGGUACGAUCCAGCUGAGGUGGAAGCGGCCAGAGAUCUCAUCCAAAUAUCCAUGCCUCCGCCUCAAAUCUACGACAAGCAGCUUGAUGAGAGAGAACACUCCAUUGAUGAGUGGAAAGAGUUGAUUUAUAAAGAAGUGAUGAAUUUUGAGGAGAGAACGAAGAAUGGCGUAGUGAAGGGACAGCCUUCACCUUCAGGUGCAGCCGUGAACAGCAGCGAGAGCCUCCCUCCGUCCUCGUCCAUCAACGACAUCUCGUCCAUGUCCACCGACCAGACCCUGGCCUCAGACACCGACAGCAGCCUGGAGACCUCGGCGGGACCGUUGGGGUGCUGCAGGUGACUAGCCGCCUGCCUGCGCAACCCCGCCUUCUUCCGCCGCUGAGGAGGGCAGAAGAAGAAGAAGGAAGGAGAGGGUUCGGGGGCGCUAUCGAAAAACAAACGGAAAAUUGGGAAAAUGUGAAACAAUCAAAAAGAGAUGAGCAAGCCUGCGCGUUGUCAUGCUAAACAAAAAAACAACAACAGCGGUAUUUAAAGUUAUACUCUUAUGUGGAUGAUCCUAUAGUUGCUUUGCUUAUAUUAGCCCACGUAUAUUGCAUACAAAAAGCAGCUUUGACUUGCAUCUCCUUUAAACGUAAAAGCAUCACACUGGCUGGCUGCCCCGCCCCCCUUCAAAUGGCCCCAAACAGCAUUUAUACGCUCCUGUCUUUGGACUCAUCAUGUGACCUCCCUGCUGUCGUUUUAUCGAAAACAACCCUUAAAAUGUGUGUUUCGUGUUUAUAAACACACCAUGUCAUGUAAAUAAUGUAAUUGUGUACAGCCGAAGGACACAUGGAGUGGGACUAACGGCCAGUAUGCUGGAAGCUUCUUAAUUUCUUUUAUUUUGGUAAAAUGUCACCAUUUUUUUAAAUUUGUAUUUUACUUUAUUUUAUUACUCUUAUAAAACAAAUGAGUAAAAAUCCAACAAUUAAAUAACUGGGGUUUAUAACAGGUGACAAAAAUGAUUAAGAGUAAUAAAAUGAAGUAAAAUAAAACAUUUAAAACAAAUGUAAUUUAAUUAACAUAAAAUGACACUUUUUGAGUGUAUGAUUUUUUUUUCUUUUUUAAUUAUUUUAGACUAUUGAUGCACCUUGUAACCUGAAUUGCUCCUGCCAGUUGCUGCACUUGUGCAUGAUUUCAAUCCACAUUUGCAAAAAUGCUUAAUCCGGCUGUCUCACAUCCACUAACACAAUAACAGAUGUUAUUGGAGGUCUGAUGUGGACAAUUGGGGCUAACAUUGCUGUUCAAGAGUGCUUUUGCUGUAAAGUUCCUUUCAUUUGAGCCUGCUCGAUGAUGUGAGUCAAUUUCCACCAAAAGAGCCCAUCACCACAUUGCAUGUCAUUUAUUGGAGUAAAAGGUGAGCAGUGAUAACUGCCACAGCAGUGCUUUGAUUCUCACGUUUCAUGUUAUUUACUGUGCAAAUAAUCUUAGAAUGUCAAUAGCUUUACAGUAGUUAGUGCCCUUUUCAAAGCACUAAUGUUAUGUAAAACUAAAACUACAUUUGGAUGUGGAUACAGGAAAUAUGACGAUAUUUACUAAAACAACAAUUCGUGAAAGAUAACAAUAUUAGCGUAGCGACAUUUUGUCCCACUUCUAAUUGACACGGUGAGAAAUAUAGUGUUCAUUCCCUAAUUGAUACGGUACCUUGAAGAACAACAAUGAAAUAUAUGUCGAUAUUUUGUCUUACCUGUAAUUGAUAACGUGGAAGACCUCAAUAUUUCCUCCUGGUAACCAGUCAAGUGUCACUAAUGAGUGGCGCCAUUGCUAGCCGAUUAGCAACCCCAUGAACCAGGAGGCAGCUUGCUCUACAUAAAAACUAUUACGACGCCUUUUCUGCUCUGUAAUAAUCAAUGUUCGUUAUCGUAUUGCUAAAAAAAAAAAAAUAGAUGUAAUAUUGGCCCAAGACUAUUAAACAGCAUGAUAUCCCUGAGAACACGUUUCUUGAAAGGUUAAUGGCGAGUGCCUUUUGGUGGUGGCAAAGAGUUCGACUAUAGUGUUUUACAUUGCACAGCAACACAUGACGUAUUUUGCCUUAAAACUAGCAAACACUUAGUAGAAACGUGAGGAAUGAAGUUUGAUUUAACAGCUGGUAAAAACAUUUCUGUUCUUCAUCGCUCACCUCAUGGCAUGGCUCAACAACCCCUCUUCCCAAUUUUUAUUUUAGAACGUUCGAUAUCCGCUGUUUUAAUCAAGAUAAAUUAAGUAAAAUGGUCAUACACUUACCAACUUCUUUUUAGAAAGUCCAGUGACGUAAACCUGCAGUACCUCAAAAGGCCUGCUAGAGGGUGCUGUCUACAGAAUAAGCUACAUUACAGCUCGGUGUUGAGUUCAGGGCCCGGUCGGUCGUGGCGACUCUUUUUAAACAGGGUGACACUUACCAUUAUAACACCCACAUUUCUCUGAGGGUCAUUUUUGUUGUUGCACAUUAUGGGAUAUUUUAAAACUAUUACACACUUAACACUGUGUCUUUCCAUUUUAUGGAACAUCCCCCACCCCGAAUGUAAAAAUGUCACCUUGUCAAAACUAAUCAAUGUUGUAGUU